CAUUUCACCGGAAGUCAGGCGAGUCGAGUCAGUACGUGGCGGUGUGAGCGGUACGUUGUGUAGCUCCCCGUAUUAUUUGGUAUAUUUGCCUGUGGUUCUGACCCAUAGAGGUCACUAGGACAAAAUUUAUCUCAUAACUCAAGAUAAUAGCAUGUCCAUGUCGGGCGAAUUCGGAAACCCAUUGAGGAAAUUCAAGCUCGUCUUCCUGGGCGAGCAGAGCGUUGGGAAGACAUCGCUCAUCACGAGGUUUAUGUAUGACUCCUUCGACAACACCUACCAGGCCACCAUUGGUAUCGACUUCCUGUCCAAAACGAUGUACCUUGAGGAUAGAACGGUUCGACUUCAGCUCUGGGACACAGCUGGACAAGAGAGGUUCCGAAGUCUUAUUCCCUCAUACAUCCGAGACUCUACGGUUGCCGUUGUUGUUUAUGAUAUAACCAAUGCCAAUUCCUUCCACCAGACAUCAAAAUGGAUAGAUGAUGUUCGAACGGAGCGGGGGAGUGAUGUGAUCAUUAUGCUUGUAGGAAAUAAGACUGAUCUGUCAGACAAAAGACAGGUAUCUACAGAGGAAGGUGAACGCAAGGCCAAGGAACUUAAUGUGAUGUUCAUUGAGACUAGUGCAAAAGCAGGAUACAAUGUGAAACAGCUGUUCCGACGAGUUGCUGCAGCACUGCCCGGUAUGGAGUCUACUGAAAACAAGAAGGUUGAUAAUCUAGCGGUGGACCUGCGGCCCCAGCCCCCUCCCCAGGAGCAGCAGCAGGACCAGGAGGGGAGUGGGUGUAUAUGCUAGGAUGCGGCCUUCAUGCUCUAGUCUCUCCUCGUGUCCUCACACUUUAUCCUCACAUCAAGCAACACCUAGAAAGCUUCCUCAUUUAUCCUCAUACUUCUCUCCUUACACCAGGUAACACCAGAAACCUUCCUUAUUUCUUCCUUACACCAAGUAACACCCAGUAAACCCAUUUAUCCUCAUAUUUCUCUCUGUACACCAAGUAACACCCAGAGAACCUCCUCAAUUGUCCUUGAGAUUUUCCCUUACACCAAGUAACACCUAGGAAGCCUCCUGCUCCUUUCUCUUCCUAUUACUUGUGUUUGCUUCGUAUAACAAUUUUAACUAUCAGUUUAAUUUUGUAUUUAACACAUUAAACUUCAGGCAAAUCAUUUAGUACAGUAUGUUGUGUAUAGGUGGGUAUGAAUCAAGUAUGAAUAUAAUUUUUUCAUAAUACCACCUCAUACUUUGGUGCUUUUUUAUAAAAGUGAUCUUCAUUUUUUAUGACAAUUUCACUCCUCUUUUCCGAGGUUUUCAUGUCCCUAAUAUAAAAAGGGUCUUUUAUCUUGAUAUGCACAAUACCUUAUGUUAUGGUAUGUACUUUUGGGUGCUGACUUUAACUCUUGUGUUGUUUUAGUCUUACAUGCUGCUGUCUUGUUUCGAAUAUAUGAAACCAUCCCACCAACCUCUUUAGUCAGUGAUGUUAAUAUAUUGAGUUGUAAGAAGACCAAAUAAUCUCUAGUUUGAUUAGUGAUGCAGAACCUUAUGUAUAUGUACAUGUACUGUAUAUGUUUAGUAAAUGCCACAAUUUAUUGUUGACUAAUUUGAUGAAAUUAUUAUGAUUGACUUUAUCUGUAUCUACAAAGCAAUAAUUACCCAGAGUGAUUUGUGAGCAAGUUCUUGAACAUAUCAUUGUACUAUAGGUGAGCUGCAAGACUUUAAAAAGUUUUUUAUGUGGCAGUGCAAAUUGUGGCUUUUACUAAAAAAGUGCUUUCUGGUUAGACUUUUAUUUAACAGUAAAUUAUUAGUAAGUUUCAUACUACAGUACUUGGGGUACUUCUGAAUCUAAAGAUUCUUACUUGUUUUGAUUUAAGCAGAAACUCAUAAGAAAACAUCCAUUGGUUGCACACUACUGAGAGGUGAAAGCAUGAUACAGUACCAGUAAAGGCAGCGACCUGUUUUUCGAGAGAUAGACCACACCUUGAAGCAGACUUUGACUUUGCUCAUUAUUGUGAUAGUUGUCUGAAUGUCUUUAAUUUACUACUUAAGGUUUGCUGAUGUCAUAUUCUACAAGGAGAAGCUUUACCUCAAACAGAAUAUUGAAGGUCCUAAGUGACUUUAUGGCAGUUUAUUUGAAUAGGAUAUUAUAUGCAUUCAUGUUUCAUUAUUAAUGAAGUGCUUACUGACCAUUUCAUUUGCUAAAUCAUUUUUCCAUUGGUUAAUUUGACAUUCCAUUGGGAUGAAUACGAGUUCUGCUGCAUUUUAAGCUGUGCUAUUGUGAAACGCCACAAAUCUUGAAGUUUGCCUCUUUGCCAAUAGCUUUUAUUACCGAUAUAAGUGAGAGGUUGCCCACUGACUGCACGAGAGAAACUGGAGCAUAAAUAUUACAGUAUAAGGAUCUUGGGCUAUAGAUGGGACUCCACUUGCUUCUCUCUUUGCUUCAAGGAAAGUGAAGGAAGUCUUGUUGAAAUCCCAUACAAUAAUGUUUCUUUUAACACUCAUACCAUGACAGUAAAGUCCACAAAGUGAAACACAUGUGUAUUGCUGACCUUGGACAAUGUUCUCUCUUCAAUGCUUUGUCUAAAAGGUCAGUAAUUUUUACUUCCUUAAUUUGUGGGCUUUAUCUUCAUACUACGUUCACACCAUUGUGAUGGAAUCAUACAUAUAUAUAUUUAUAUGAUAAAUUUAAACAAAAUUAUUGAAGGAUCAUACUUAGAUGAGUUUUAAAUGUUAUCGGGAAUGUUUUUAUAUCUGGGCUAUGAUUACUCACCCGCCACAAUGUUUGUUUCCCAUGAUUUAAUUACAGUACAGUAAUGUGAAAUUACUUAGAUUAUAGUUGCUGAAAAGAGCACCCAUCUCUUAAUUGGCCCAAGUCUGUAUAAAAGAGUCAAAAUAUCCUAUUCUUUUACUGUUACUUCCAGGGUUGUUUUGAUUAAUAGCAAGUUUAUGAAAAAUCACCAACAGGAUUGAAUUAAUUUUUUUUUUUUUUUUAUGAUAUUGAUGAUGUUGCUGUUGGCUCUAUUGAUAUUACUAAUAAAAAAUACCAAUAAUGACUACUUCACCACUUCUUCUCAAGUGCUCAAUUCUCUUAUUAUUAAUGUUUUGUAGUGACUGUUGUUCCAGCAGCAGCAACAUGACAACCUGUGAUUGCUUAAGGUGCAAUUCAAAAUUGCUAUCAGAUUUCCAGAAGAGUGAUUUUGAUAAAGAUACAGGCAAUACUUGUACUAUAGUGGAGUGGACCGUGCCUCUUAGUUUGAGACAAUCGUACUUGGAAACAUCAUCUUCCUGCUUUAGUGGGCUUGCUAAUGUUUGGCAAGUCGAUAGCAAUUGUGAAUGGCAUCUUGUUGUAUGUACUGUCAGGCCUUGUGUAGGGGGUAGUGAGGGAUGAUUAAAGCUUUAUUGUAAUUGGCUGUUGUCUUCCUCCUCUGACCAAUUAUCUCCCUCAUCACCCACACAUAAGACUGGGAAUAAAAUAGAAAGCACUUGGCUUCAACAUUUUGAAUAGCAGAGCUUUUAGGUGUUAGCACGUAUGAAUUAACAGAUGUUGUAGAAAACUCAAUACACUUGCAUUGUGUGAAGAAAACUGCUUGUUCAUGAACAUACAACUCUUACUUAAUGCAUAAUUAGGUUAUAAUUCAAAAUAGGAAAGAUGACCAUUGUCCAAUAAAUAUUGCUCGCUUCAUGGAAUUAUUAAUUUCAUAGAUAUUAAUAAAUGUAGAUGAUUCUGCAGUAAAAAGGUUGUAUAUUGCAUUUUGGGUCCAGAUAGAUUAUUUAGGGUAAUUCAUAAUAAAUGGAAUGAUGGUGUAGAAUUUAACUCAUGUUCCAUGGCAUGAUAUAUAUAUAUAUAUAUAUAUAUAUAUAUAUAUAUAUAUAUAUAUAUAUAUAUAUAUAUAUAUAUAUAUAUAUAUAUAUAUAUAUAUAUAUAUAUAUAUAUAUAUAUAUAUAUAUAUAUUCUACUGACUUAUUUCAUUUGUAAGGAAUUACACCAGUGCAACUGUGUCCAGUCAUUCUUUCUACUUUGCCAUAGUUCUAAAAAAUAUUGCAAGCUUAUAUAAUUAGAGCACCUUAAUUCCUCCUCCAUCACCAAUUGGUCACUACCAUGGUUUGUGUUAGUCCAUGGAUCUGCAUACCAAAAAAAUCCUUUCCUCUUCAUAUGUGUGUGAAAUUGUUUUACAAUACUAAACCUCUGAAAGGAUAUUGAUUAUUGACUAUAGCUCAUUCAUAAAUCUGAGUGUUUACUAGCAACAUUCAGAUUUGCUAAAGCUAAAUAAAGAUUCAUUCAUAUGGAACUGUUACAUAAUCUCCCAGCCACUGUUUGUAAUAUGCUUUAUGCCAGGUGUGUAGUUCUGUACAUUAGUAAAGGUGUUUUUAUAA